CCAACAUUUAAUGGCUGGAGCACAACUUUAUAUGGCAGCUUCCUCAAAUCCAUGUUCGAGUGUUGUUGCCUCAAUCCCCGCUGCAUUUGUUUCUAAUGGUAAUUGUCAAUUAAAUACAAAUUCUUCAUCAUCAGAACAAAUAAUAUUUACAACAACCCCUUCCUCAGCCUUUACAUGUGCAACAACAAUAAACAAUAAAAUGACUACAAUAGCAUCUCCCAAUUUAGUUUUAAAUGGAUUUACAGCUUAUAUUGAAGAACAAAAUUUAAUAAAAAAUAGAGAAAGAAGGGAGGAAAUGAUGGAAGAAGAAAGUAUUGGACAACAAAGAAUUGAAUUAGUGCAUAUUCCUAAAAAUUCUGAAACUCCUUUUGAAAGAAUUAGUUUAGAAUUAAUUCAAUCAAAAUAUCCACCAAUUUUACAAGAGCUUUUUAAACGGGGACCUUCAGAUGCCUUUUUUCUUGCAAAAUGUUGGGCAAAUAUGAAUUUUGAAAUAAAUGAUGAACAAAAUGCUUUAUUUGCUGUAGAUUCUUAUUAUGAAUCGAAUUUUGGGAGAUUUGAUAUUAUUGUUUCAACAAAAGUUUGUAGUUUUGGUAAUGAAGUUGUUGAGAAAGUUGAGAUUUAUUCACCAAUUGAAGAAGAUGAAGAUAUUAAACCUUCUUCACAACUUUGGCAUUUUCGAUUAGAAAAAUCCCCAAUGUGUGAAUAUAUGGUCAGAUUUAUAUCAGAAUUAAAAAAGCUACAAGAGCCGUCUUUAAUGAAUAUUUUACAAAUUGUUUCAAAUAAACAAAGUGAAGAAACUUUAAUGGUUAUUGCUUUUAUAUUUGAAGUUCGGGAAGAUGGGGAAGAUGAAAUUUACACAAAUAUUUAUCGUUUAACAGAAUAA